GCCAGUGGAGCCUGGGAGUGGCCAGAGCCCAAAGGGAGUGGACCUCCUGGGCGGGGGAGGAGGCAGCCCGAGCUGAAGACUUUCCCACUCAGUCAGCCCUUCGCCAUUGCCUCCUCUCUCUGUCUCCUCCGGCUGAAGUUGCUCUGAAGCUUCUCUUCCUCGCCUGACAAAUCCCUGAAGCCAUGGCAAAAUAUACAAGAGGUACUGUGAAGCCCUUCCCUGGCUUUGAUGCCAGAGCUGAUGCUGAGGCUCUUCGAAAGGCAAUGAAAGGCUUGGGGACUGAUGAAGAGUCAAUCCUGAAGAUCCUAACCAGCAGAAGCAAUGCUCAACGGCAGGAAAUUGCUGUGGAAUUUAAAACCUUAUUUGGCAGGGAUCUUGUUGAUGAUCUGAAGUCAGAACUUACAGGCAAAUUUGAGACUCUGAUGGUUGAGCUGAUGAGACCUGCCCAUAUUUUUGAUGCUCACGCACUGAAGCAUGCUAUUAAGGGGGCAGGAACAAAUGAAAAAGUCCUGACUGAAAUUCUUGCUUCUAGAACACCUGCUGAAAUCCGAAAUAUAAAACAAGUUUAUCAGCAAGAAUAUGAAGCUGACCUAGAAGAUCAUAUAACAUCAGACACCUCUGGUUAUUAUCAGAGGAUGUUGGUAGUUCUUCUUCAGGCUAAUAGAGACCAUGAUGGCCCGGUUAAUGAGAAGCUAGUGGAGCAAGAUGCUCAGGAGCUGUUUAGAGCGGGCGAGCUGAAAUGGGGAACUGAUGAAGAGAAGUUCAUCACUAUCCUGGGAACUCGAAGUGUUUCUCACCUAAGGAGGGUCUUUGACAAGUACAUGACCAUCUCUGGCUUUCAAAUUGAAGAAACAAUUGACCGGGAAACUUCUGGUGCUAUGGAGAAGCUGCUUCUGGCAACUGUGAAGUGUGUUCGAAGUGUUCCGGCAUAUUUUGCUGAGUGUCUCUAUUAUGCAAUGAAAGGAGCAGGCACUGAUGAUGAAACGCUGAUCAGAAUUGUGGUUUCAAGGAGUGAAGUUGAUCUCCUGGAUAUCAGACAGGAGUUCAGAAGGAAUUUUGCAAAAUCUUUGUACCAUGCAAUUCAGGUAGGCCUUUAUACAAAGAGCUUACUUAUUCUCUUUUUGUGUGGGAAAUACAGCCAGUGUAUGUGAUCAUUAAAGAACAGAAAGAACAAUCGUGUCUAUGUGUUUGUUGCAAAAUUGUUAUAU